AUAAACAUACUGAUAGCCCUAAUAGUAAACAUCACACUAUCAAUCCUCCUAAUCACAGUUGCCUUCUGACUACCCCAACUCAAUCUAUAUACUGAAAAAGCAAACCCAUACGAAUGCGGGUUUGAUCCAAUAAGCUCCGCCCGCCUCCCAUUUUCAAUAAAAUUUUUUCUAGUAGCAAUCACCUUUUUACUAUUUGACCUAGAAAUUGCACUACUUCUACCACUACCAUGAGCCAUCCAAAUAUAUAACACCAACACUAUAAUAUUAACAGCUUUUAUUCUAGUCUCCGUGUUAGCCCUAGGCCUAGCCUACGAAUGAAUACAAAAGGGGUUAGAAUGAACUGAGUAG